AUGAACUCUCUCUCGUUGGUAAGCAUAAGACAAGAAAAGAAGGAAUCCCUUCGGACCUUCAUCUGCCGAUUCAACAAAGCGGCAUUGGAGAUCCGAGACCUAAAUCUGGCCAUUGCUCUUCACCACCUGACCACUGCUUUGAAACCAGGUCCUUUUGCUAACAACAUCUGUAAGAAACCCCCGUCUGACAUGGAUGACUUGCGUCGGCGUGCCGACAAAUACAUGCAGAUGGAGGAACUAUCUGAGUUUCGCAACCAAGCAAGAGCGAAGAUAAUUGUUAAGGCCGAGAAGCCAGCCGAGAGCAUCUUUCGGAGUCGCCCGAAAGAACUUGUCCUCCGAGACAAACCUGUCUGCAGGUCGAGAUACUCUCAUUACACCCUGUUGAACACUAGCCGAUCGGCUGUCUUGGACCAGGCACUCGCGUCAGAAGUCCUGGCCGUGCCGAAGCGAGCCUUAACCCCUCCGCGUGCCGACACAAUCAAAUCUUGCAAGUACCAUCGGAAACGAGGCCACUCAACCGAGGAAUGCGUAGCCCUGAAAGAUAAAAUCGAGGAUCUAAUCAAGCAAGGGCAGCUUCAACGUUUUGUCGAUCGACCCCGCUCCCCCCGACACGAUGAUCGCCGGCAUCGUGGGGAACAGCAUGACCGAGAUAGAUCCGACAAGCGUCCUUACAGGGAACAAAGCCGGUUGAGGGGCCGAAAGGAGGACGAGCCGGCAACCCAACCUCGAAGAAUCAUCAACACUAUCGUCGACGGAUUCGCAAGCGGCGGCCCCACCUCUUCAGCUCAAAAGAGACACCUACGAGCCGUCCGAGCUGUACACUCGGUCGAACGCACUCACCGGAGGUUGCCGGCCAUCACAUUCAUCGAAACUGAUUUUAAAGGUAUUGAUCUUGAUCAAGAUGACCCCAUGGUUAUCAGCAUUGAGAUCCACAACUGCAUUGUUCGGAAGACGCUGGUCGAUCAGGGAAGCUCGGCUGACAUCCUCUAUUGGAAUACCUUUAAACAACUCGGCAUACCAGAAGCCGAAUUAACGAACCCUUGGUUGGAUUCUCCGGCGAACGUGUUCAAACCAAAGGGUACAUCAAGUUGUCCACUCGCUUCUGCUUCGAUGGAGCCGAAACCCGAGACAUCCCGAUGA